AUGCCUCCCAAGACCCUGCGAGAUCGAGCUCCCAGCAGCAGGACCAGUGGUAUUGGUACUAAAUCCACAGACGAUCGACUAGACGAGAUAUAUGAGAUCCUCAGGAAUCUUAUUACUGAGGAUGUGUUGGAUAAAAAGUUAGAGAAACUCCGUUUGGACAUUCAGCUAGAACACGCAGAACGUAUUGAAGCUCUGGAGGAGAGGGUAAACACCCUGGAAACUGAAAAUAACAACUUGAAAGUGACAAUUUCUGAGCUAGAGAACGAGUUAUUGACCAGUCAAGAUCGACAGAGUGAGAUGGCGGGAAAGUAUAACGACCUGGAACAACAAGGCCGGAAGAAUUCUGUUAGAAUCGUUGGACUUCCAGACCCGGGAGUGAGGGAAUCGGUAGAGGACUGUGUCCAAACGAUCGUGGGAUUUGUACGUGACACCUUGAAAGUACCACUUCAGGAGAGGGACAUUGACAUCGCACAUAGAUUGGGAAAGUACAAUGGUACAAAUCCUAGGAAUGUGAUAGUAAAGUUCACGCACCGGAGAAAGAAGCAUGAAAUUAUCCGCGCCCGCAAGAUCCUGAAAGGUUCCAAGUUUGUUAUCUAUGAAGACCUUACUUCCUUAAAUCAACAGAGACUGAAGGAAGCGUUCCGUAUGAACUGUGUCAAAAAUUCGUAUAGCACAGACGGGAAAAUAUAUGUGAUUUUGACUAAUGGCAAGAAGCGCAGACUUUUACACGAUACACCCUUGGAAGAAAGUUACUUGAUGAACGAUGCUAAUUUUGUAUCAAGGAGAUAGAAGUUGGACAGUGCACAGUGAUCGGUAAAUGACUUAA